CCUUCUUGGGAACAAAGGUUACUCAAGUUUGCUGCAGAUGACCGACCUGUGAAAAUGUCUCUUAGAAUACUUGUUGGAUGUAAACGAGUGAUAGAUUAUGCUGUGAAAGUGCGUGUUAAACCAGACAAACUGGGUGUGGUCACAGAUGGGGUGAAGCACAGCAUGAAUCCAUUCGAUGAGAUUGCUAUGGAGGAGGCCAUGCGUAUGAAAGAGAAGAAGUUGGCAUCAGAGGUCAUAGCUGUGUCAUGUGGACCCCAACAGAGCCAGGAAACUCUGCGUACAGCUUUAGCGAUGGGAGCUGAUCGAGCUAUCCAUGUUAAAAUAGAGCCCAAAGACUAUGAGACACUUCAGCCUUUCCACGUGUCUAAAAUCCUUGCCAAGAUUGUUGAGGAGGAGAAGAUAGACCUGGUCGUGUUAGGUAAACAGGCUAUUGAUGAUGAUUGUAACCAGACUGGACAGAUGACCGCCGGUUUAUUAGAUUGGCCUCAGGGAACAUUUGUGUCAAAUGUGGAAAAAGUGGAUGGACAUUUGAAUGUGUUACGAGAAAUUGAUGGCGGUUUAGAAACAGUUAAGGUGUCUAUUCCGGCAGUAUUAACAGCUGAUCUUAGACUCAACGAACCAAGAUACGCCACGCUACCUAAUAUCAUGAAAGCUAAAAAGAAACCUAUGGCAGUCAAGUCAGCGGCAGACUACGGAGUUGAUACGAGUCCUCGUCAGGAAGUCCUCUCCGUGGAGGACCCGCCUACCAGGGAGGCUGGUCAGAAGGUGGAAAGUGUAGAAGAACUCGUACAGAAACUCAAAGAUGGAGGAUUUAUAUAGGACUAGGUAUUUAGAGAUUUCUUAAGACCGAGAGAUCAAUUCUGCAGUUAGUGGAUGUGAUUAAUUUUGUGAAUUUGAUGUUGAAUGGAAUUUAUUGGACAUUUCAUCGUGUGAUACAAGGGAGGCGACCCCCUUAUCAAGCUCCAUGAUCUGUGUAUAUAGACUGAUGAGAAUCUGUGUAACAGAACCAUUACCAAAUCAUAUUUAAAUUAUCAGAAAAUUA